CUGGUGCCUUGUUCUGCUCAGCCCCUCUCGUGUCUGCAGGAGGGAGGCUGCUUUUGGCUCCCUCUGGAUCUUGUGUAGCAAUCUGGGAGGGUGGAAGUUGGAAUAGCAAUAGCUGCUUGGAGAGAAACAUUUGUCCACCCGUAAUACUGCAGUCAAAUUUUGUUUGUGCUCCCCAAGAACUAAAUUUUCCAGAACAUAAGCAGACAGUGAAGGUCCUGGCUUUCCUGAAUAAGGAGUCUGACCAAGAUGCUGCAUAUGCUUUGGCAUGUUUUCUACAGAAAUGUUGUAAGAUGAGGGGAAAAAAUUGCUCAUGUAGCUCAGAAGGACUUGUGUGAACACUGAGACGUGUAUGACUACUGAGACCAAAACCAGACUCUUUGGCAAAGGACAUGCAGUAAUUUGAUUCGGAGGAGUUCUGACCCGUUCUGGUUUGCAAGGAAAAACGUCAUCACAAAUAUUAGGAUUAGCAGCCUUGCUCUUCAACAACGACAGCUUUUUAUUUUCAUUAAGUGUAUUCAGAUAUUUUUCUGGGAUCUAUGAAGAAUGGCAUUGCUGCUCCAAAAAGGAGCCUUGUUCCUCCAGCGUAACUUUAUUUGGAAGUCCAAGGGAAAGCCAAAUGGUAAAAAGCCAGCACCAGAAGAGAAGAAACUGUACCUAGAGCCAGAAUAUACAAAAUCCAGAAUUACUGACUUCGAAUUUAAGGAGCUAGUGAUGUUACCACGAGAAAUAGACCUCAACGAGUGGCUAGCCAGCAACACAACAACUUUCUUUCAUCACAUCAACUUACAGUAUAGUACAAUCUCAGAAUUCUGUACAGGAGAGUCAUGUCAGACCAUGGCAGUGUGCAAUACACAGUACUACUGGUAUGAUGAGCGGGGAAAGAAGAUCAAGUGCACUGCUCCUCAGUAUGUUGACUUCGUCAUGAGUUCGGUGCAGAAGCUAGUGACAGAUGAGGACGUCUUUCCAACAAAAUACGGCAAGGAAUUCCCAAACUCAUUUGAGUCCCUAGUGAAGAAGAUCUGCAAGUACCUGUUCCACGUGCUGGCCCAUAUCUACUCCUCACACUUUAAGGAGACUUUGGCACUGGAGCUGCACGGACAUUUAAACACACUCUACACACACUUUAUCCUAUUCAUCAGGGAGUUCAACCUCGUGGACCCUAAAGAGACCACCAUCAUGGACGACCUCACAGAGGUCCUCUGCAGCAGCAGUGGGAGCAGCAGUAACGGGAGCGGCAAUGGGAGCAGCAACAGUGCAGGGGCACAGAACCAUGUGAAAGAGAGAUGAGCCAUCCUACUGCAUCAAAACUAACAUUAAAAACAAUAUUAUAUAUUCUGUAUGUAUGUGUAUGUAUACAUUCAGAUAUACAUACAGACAUAUACAGCAAUGAAAGCUGAAAGAAAUCACGCUGCCACCACAGGACGCGUAGUCGUAUGGGACUGUAUGGAGCUUUGGUUUAAUGCGCCACCUGGCGAGAAGUUGCACCAAUUUUAUUUUAUUUUCUGUCCACUCCUCCUUUUACCUAUCAGAUGGAUGAUGAGUGCUGUUUUUAGAGAAGAGCCAAGCUUGAGAGUGGGGCCGCUCUUGGUUUUUUUGGUUGGGUUUGUUUUUGUUUGGUUGGCUGGUUUUUUGUUUUUCUUUCUUUGGUCUUGAGUGCAAGCCCUUUGUCUUUCUAGGAUGGUGGUCCUGCCAUUUAAAAAAUAUCUAUUAUAUUAUAAGAAGUGACUUUUACUUUGAAGCGGCUUAAAAUACAGGUUUGUUUGGGUUUGGUUUUUUUGGGGGGGGUUUGGGGUGGUUUUUUGGUUUGGUUUUACAUAGACUGCCCCUUACCCUGCCCAAAACUCCCCAGUUGAGUGCAUCUUGCCCUUUGUUAGCUUGGAAUGGGAAGAAACUCUGGGCUUGACUAGAGUAGCAACCGGGGGCUUGCUAUGUGCUGAAAGUGGUCAUGAUUCUCCAGUUGUCCCAUCUACCUGGUCACAAUACAUCAACAUGCAAGAAGAUCCACAAGCCUUUCUGCUUAUUGCUCCUACAACUUAUAUACUCUUUUCUCUGCUCCCCUGCCCCCUCUUUUCCCAGGCACACCUCUACAAAUAAAAAGAAAAACAUCACUGGAGUCCAAAACCCAUGUGCAAGAGCCACCACCAUUUGCUUCCCAUUGAACAGAGGCCCGGGGAGGGGGGAGAAGGGUACAUUGAGUCAAUCACCGCCUGUGCUAGAAAGAUGGCUGUUGGCAUAAAAUUAUAUUGUUGGCUUAUUUUAGUUCAUCUGUUCUAUAAUAAUAAAAACAAAUCUAUCAGC